AUGCUCACAUUUUUCACUCAAACUCCCUCUCCCUUCCCCUGCUUUCUCUCUCUCACACAUUCGCAGCUCCGUGCAUUUGUCUCUAUAGCUUCGUCUAAUAUCUUCUCCUUUAGUCUUCUACCACCUGAUUUAUACACCCCUCAGAAUAAAAUGGGCAAUUGUCUUGUUCUUUGUAUACCCAGUUCAGGGUCUUGCAUCAUGGCAAAAAAGGUUAAACUUGUGAAGGUAGCUAAACCAGACGGUAAGAUACUAGAGUUUAGCACCCCAAUCCAUGUCAAAGAUAUCCUGACAAAUUAUCCAGCUUAUGGUGUUGGUGUUUCAAAGGAAGUCGCAGAACCUCUCCCACCAGAUCAUGAAUUGAAGGCAGGAAGAUUGUACUACUUGCUCCCCUCUUUGCAUUCCCCUCCAAAUCUUGCAUCUUUAAGGAACGUUGAGACAAGUUGUGGGAUAAAGAGGGUCAAAGUUAUCAUAACGAAACACCAACUUGAGCAGUUGGUGAACAAACAGAUCUCCGUAGAGGAUAUACUAUCAGAGGUUCGAACGGUUGGUGUUAAGUUUCCAAAUAAUCGGAAGCCCAAAUUGGACUCUAUACCCGAAGAGAAUGAGUAA